GAUUCAUGUAUUUGCAAAUCUUGAAAAAUAAACACAGCAAAGCACAACAGCCGGCGUUCUAGAAGAAAAUUUGUCUGAAGUACCCUGCAAAAAUGGCCCUUGAUAUCAAGGAAUUGUCAAGCAAUAAGUCUUUCGGUGGCUAUCAAAAAGUAUUUUCUCAUGAGAGCGCCUUGACUAAAUGCGAAAUGAAAUUUGCCGUGUAUCUUCCGCCGAAAGCUGUGGACAGCAGCCCCUGCCCUGUCAUCUACUGGUUGUCUGGAUUGACUUGCAAUGAGCUCAAUUUUAUUCAGAAAGCUGGUGCACAGAAGAUUGCAUCUGAACUUGGAGUCAUUAUUGUGUGCCCCGAUACCAGUCCUCGUGGUUGCAAUAUUCCUGGUGAGGAUGACGGCUGGGACUUUGGGUCAGGCGCCGGCUUUUAUGUCGACGCUACAGAAGAACUCUGGAAAAAUAACUACCAGAUGUUCUCUUACGUCACUGCUGAGCUGCCAGAGGUCAUAAAAAAGAAUUUCCCAACAAAUGGGAAGCAAUCCAUCAUGGGUCAUAGCAUGGGUGGUCAUGGUGCACUGAUCUGUGCUCUCCGCACACCUGGGUUUUACUCGUCUGUGUCAGCCUUUGCUCCAAUUUGUGCUCCAACUGAGUGUCCUUGGGGUCUCAAGGCUUUCAAUGGCUACCUUGGACCUGACAAGACCAAAUGGGAUGAAUAUGAUGCGUGCAAGUUGGUUGCCAAGUACUCAGGUCCUCCAUUGGGCAUUUACGUCAGCCAGGGAGAGUCUGACCAGUUUUUGAAAGACGGUCAGCUGCAGCCUGAAAAGCUGGUUGACGCUUGCACCAAAGCUUGUGUACCAAUUAUUUUGAACCGUGAUCAAGGCUACGACCACAGCUACUUUUACAUCGCUUCUUUUGUGGAUGACCACAUUAAGCAUCACGCCAAGUUUUUGAAAGAAUGAAGAAUUAAAUUUGUACAUUUUGUUAAAGUAAA